AUGCCCGCCACACAACUCGAUGGUGCAAUCGCGCUCAUCACCGGCGCAGGCUCCGGCAUAAACUUCGCCUUUGCGAGAAUCCUCCAUGGACGAGGCUGCAACGUGCUAAUCGCCGACCUGCGCCUGCGCCCUGAAAACGAAGCCCUUAUCGACACAUUAAACCACCAAGCCGGUCCAAACGGACCCCGCAUCCUCUUCCAGGAAACCGACGUCACGAACUGGAAGCACCUCGAUCGCGCCUUUGACCGAGUCGAACAGGAAUUCGGCACGACGGCAGAUCUGGUCUGCGCGGGGGCGGGCAUCUACGAGCCGCCAGCAGCUGGCUUCUGGGCUGAUAGGGAUCCGGACUCCCAUUACAAAAUCCUCGACGUUAAUCUGUUACACCCGAUGAAAAUGACCCGGAUUGCCGUGCGCCGCAUGCAGCGCGCAGGUAAAAAGGGCCAUAUUCUACACAUUGCGAGUGUUGCCGCGCAGACGGCGAGCCUCGUGACUCCGCUGUACCAGGCGUCGAAGCAUGGUGUGGUUAGUUUCGUGCGGGGGAUGACGGGCUUGCAGGAUCUCUGCGGGAUCCGCGUUGUCUGUAUCUGUCCAGGCUCCGUUGCCACACCACUCCUCAUGGAAGAACCGCAGGUGCAGACAUGGUUCAACCAAGCAAAGGAUGUCCUACUCAACCCGGCCGACUUGGCCAAUGCCAUGUUAGCCGUGACGGAGAACUCCAAUGGCCGCUACCCAGCGGGCACAAUCUUGGAGGUGACGGAUCCAGAUGAGCAGCUGUGGCGACAUGUGCCGCUGUACAACAAUCCCGGGCCUCAGGGACGCGCGAUUAGUGUUAGUAACAAAGACAAUGGGCUGAAACAAAUCGCGCAGCUUCUGGCGGAGGAUUCGGGACGGGAUAGUCGGAUUUGA